CGCUCCUUUCCGCAGUGAGGCUGCGCCGAAUGGCUGAGGCGCCUGCCCUGCCCUGCUGAGUGCCGACGGAUCGCAAGCGGCGGCGGCGGCGGCGGCGACAGGCGGGCAGGCCUUGGGCAGCGCCAUGGUCUCCUGGGUGAUCUCCAGGCUCGUGGUGCUUGUAUUUGGCACUCUCUAUCCAGCAUAUUACUCUUACAAAGCUGUAAAAUCGAAGGAUAUAAAAGAAUACGUAAAAUGGAUGAUGUAUUGGAUCAUAUUUGCGAUCUUCACAACAGUAGAGACAUUCACAGACAUUUUUCUUUGCUGGUUUCCAUUUUAUUAUGAACUCAAAAUAGCUUUUGUAGCUUGGUUGUUGUCUCCGUACACAAAGGGCUCCAGCUUGCUGUAUAGGAAAUUUGUACACCCAACACUGUCCUCAAAAGAGAAGGAAAUAGAUGAUUGCCUAGUCCAAGCAAAAGAUCGAAGUUAUGAUGCCCUGGUACAUUUUGGGAAACGGGGACUGAACGUUGCAGCAACAGCUGCCGUGAUGGCAGCUUCCAAGGGUCAAGGAGCUCUAUCAGAGAGGCUCCGGAGCUUCAGCAUGCAAGACCUCACCACAAUUAGAGGAGACAGCACCAACAGUGUGAUCCCAUCUCCUCCUGCGCAGUCAAUUUCUGUGCGAAAAAGUGGCAAGCAGAGCCAGCCUAAAACGUCCAGAACUGCAUUAGAAAAUACUGGAUGCUCAGUUUGUACGUGUUGCUUGAAGUGCCAAAUUAUCCCAGUGGUUAAACUAGAGGGUGAGGCAGAAGGUGAAAAGGUAUCUGAGGAAAACUGUGAACCAACUAAAGUCGUGUUCUCAGAUGAUGAAAACUCUUUCAAUUGUACACCCAAGACCAAAAGACCUAUAAAGGAUGAAGUCAUUGAGGCACCACCCAGAAGCCUUAGACCUCGCUUCCGGAAGAAAAGUACCUCGCCAUUUACCACUGAAACCAUGUGAUGAGCAAGCAGCAUCAACAAUGUCUCUCUUCUGCCUUAAAGAUCUAUUUAAUUAAUAAUGUAGAAAGACUCAUGGUGAGGUGGGUGGGUGUUUGAUGUUGCAGAAAUAUAGACUUGACUUUUUUUGCUUCCCUUUUUCAUUGUGUGUCAUCUGCAAAUGCUACACAACAUGGUCAGAACAACUGAGCAGACAGCAAAAAUCUUUCUGCUGCUGUAUUUUUAAUUUUUAAAAAUGUUUUAUUUAGCUAUCCUUUCAGCUACACUGGUUAGACUGUAUAUUUGUAAUUAUUUAGUUCCAUCUGCUUAGUUUUAGCUCUGUGAAGGAAAAUAGGAAAACACCUAUUCACCUUUUCUAAAUAGUUGAAAUAUCAUUUAUUUGGGUUUCGUAAUAUAUAAAGUGGACUGGCAGGGGCCAUGGAUUUUUCUACCCAAGGUGUCUCCAUCUUAGCUUUAUAACACGUCUAUGAAUUAUGUAAAAAAUCACAAAUUCUUUUGAGUUUACAGAUAUUGAAAAAGCUGUAUAUCUCCCUUUCUGUUAUCUUGUUGGUUAUUGUGUGUAGCUUCUAUUAAAUUAUUUUGUUGGAAAAGUGGUGUGAGAGUAGAGCUGAAGAAACAUAACAAAAAGAAUGAAAUGUCAAAAGAUACAGCUUUGGUUUCGGUGAGACUAAACCAGGGCUGUUCCCAUAUGGUUUGCUCCAAUUCGGUGCUCUUUUGGGGAGCAUCUACAUGAUAUUGUCCUUUGUUUGUCCUGUUUCCAUGUUUUCUCCCACGUUGCUGCGAUCUUUCCAAGACAUGGUUUAGUAUGAUCUUUUUGAAAGAUUGUAGCCAAAGCAAUUUUGGAUGCCACGUGGAAAGGAAAGUGUGCCAACUCAUAGUGUAACAGCAUUAUAACAAUCUCGGGAAAUGCCAACCCAUAGUGUAACAGCAUUAUAACAAUCUAUUGUAGGAAUACACUAGUUCCCAGCUUUUGUUUUUAAAAAAGUAUCUAGCCCUUUUUGUUGCAGUUGCACCACAUAAUUCCCACCUUAUAAUUCUGCAGCAAAAAGGACUAGAGACUUGCUGUUUUUAAAAAUGAAAGCUAGUUCAUUGUUGCAACGGAUUAUUAUAUUGUAAUACAGAAGUGAUCUGGCAAUUCCUGAUUUUUUUAAAAAAGCCCUCUGGUGGAGGGGGAGGAAAUGGUUGCUACAGGAUGCUGAUGCAAGGAAAAUGCAGAUUACCGCUGUGUGGAUGCUUCAGAUUAAGGCUGCUAUACAAAGCAUGUUUAUGUGAUUUAUAUAUAUAUGCAGAAGAAUAAGAUAGAAAUAAGGCAGUAGAAUCCCAAGAGAGUAGAAUGGACUGUUCUACUUCAUGCUAUAGCAUGGAAGGUCACAUUUUGGAAUGUUCCACUACACAGAAAUGUAAAAUUUCUGGAAAUUUUGAAGGCAUGGGUUGGGGGGAACUGAAAUUUUAUGGGAAGCUGAAAUAUAUGCAGCACUUUCCUAUCAAGCCUAAACUUAUUUUACUGUUUUUAUGACUUAUAUGUUAAUGUAGCUAGCAUAUAAAAUUGUACUGUCUGGGGUAUAUACGAAAUUUAAAAGUAGAAAUGCCUUAGUUUUCUCAAAAUAAAAAUGCAAAUAUGCCCCAGAGAGAGAGAAAGAGAGCUGCACUGCUGCAUCACAUGCCUUUUAAUCUUUACUAUCUGAGAACUAGGAAACAUCAUAGAUGAAAUUAGAAAACUAACUGUUGUAAAGUAUAUUAUUUGGACAGAAGCAGUCUCAUAUUGUCACAAUAGGGAGGACUGUCCAUAUGUCUGGAUAGCAAGGGCAGCUUUAUAACAUUAAAAACACAACUCUUUAAUGAUGUAUUAUCAAACACAUUAUAGCAUAUUAGUCACAUUUAAACAAUGAACAUAUUAUUGAAAAUAUCUUGUAUGUGAGACAAACUACACCUUAAAAAUUGCUGUGAGUGGCCACAGCAUGGCACAGCACUGUGCAAUCUUGUCUGCCCACCCUUUUCAAGAGUUGAAAUAGCCUGUUUUGGUGCUUGAAAAGGUAUUGGGGGAGGCAGCAAGAUUGUAUAGUUCCGCCAUGCUGCAGCAAUUUUUAACAGCUAAAUUCUUUAAAUGGGCAUUGGUAGCCACAGGUUGGAUCCACGGUUGCCAUAACUUGUAGUUUGUCUCUGUCUCCUCUAUAUACAGGAAUUAUCAUUAUUUAAUACCUUGUAGAAAAUCUUCAUUCUACACAUGAGUGACACCUUGUCUUUAGAAGCAUUUCACUCUUUCAAAAGAAUAUUUAAUGGGAGUUUUUUUCAGAGCUCCACAAACUUGCAAUAUUUUUUUUAAGAUUGAAAAAAGUCCUCAGGGGGAAAAAAACCCAGGUUAUUUUCUGAAUUUGGUGUGUUUGGGAAAAAUUCCAUCCCUACAAAAGCAGUCCCCUGAAAAUGGAAAAACAGCACAGUAAGCAGAGAGGGAGAGAGACAGGGGGUAAACACUUCCCCCUGUGGUGAUAUAUUUCUAUUUUCAUAGAGCUGCUUUUGUGAAGGAACAUUCAAAACUGGCAUCCAUCACUGGCAGACUGUAGUGGCACAGUUCAUUCUACCAUUUCAUUCUCUGGCAUGUGCAAACUAUCUUGCUGAAAUUUUCCAAGUAAAGAAGGUAAGGAUUGUACCCAUGAAAUGAAAAAAUCUUAAAUUGUCUUACAAAUCUCGACAGCCAUUUUAGAAGACAUUUGUAGAAUGUACUAAAGCAUAUUGUGUAAUAAUAAAAAAGCUAGAAUUUAAAUGAGUUUCAUUAAGAUGAUAUUGAUUGGUGUGUGUGCUAACUCUACCUUGUCUACACAAGGAUUUGAAUUUAAUGUAUUCCCAGCAUGCAUAUUUUAGUUUCUUUCAGAGCAAGGUAUUGCAGCUGAACUCAUCCAUGUAGUUUGGAAAGAAUUUUGACUAUAGAUUAGCUUCUGACAUCGCAGUAUCAUGUAGCUUGGAUGUUUCAUUGGUAGUCAUAGAGAAGUGUUAAAGGCAAAAUUAGGAGAAAGUGCUAGGAUGUAUUUUUGUCCUUCAGAUUGGUGUCUCCUGUAAGUAUAGAGCAUGUGAAAUUCAGGACUCUGUAGGCUUUUGUGUACGCUCUUAGAUCAAUCUUGUUGACUAGGAAACAUGCAGUAUAGUAAGACAUAAAGAUUUUGCUGUUAAGAAAGAGUUGGUUGGAUUACAAAUACUACUAACCUCCUGUAGGCACAACAGUGAUUUAGAAAAUUGUUUUCCAGGUCCCAAAAUUAACAUUAUGAAUUGACCUUGAAAUAUAAGUAGUAUCCGAUUAGUAUCCAUAUCCAAUUAAGGAUCCAAGUCUUCCAGCGAAUGUUAUGGGACCUCCUGACAUUUUUGGAAAGCCAGCAGAAGCCUGUUUCAGCCUCCCUGCCCUCCUGGAGUUGCUGCUUUAUAUGAAUUUAUGGCCGUUUCAGUGAGCGAGUCAAGAAUGUAGAGACACCAGGUAGAAAAUAUUGAGGCAGACCACAUGCACCUGAACUUGAACAUUUGGGGGGUGGGUGGUUCAGCUUGCAUCCUUGUUGAGCAAAUUUCUAGUCCUUAUAUCUUCUUCACACGUGAACAUUUCAAAAAUUCCAACCACAGUAGCUGAAAUUAUAUUAUCUUGCAAGCAAGUUACUAUUUUACCACUGUAUUGUAUGUGAUAGAGUAAAACGGGGAGGGGGGGAGUUCACAAGUUUGCACUGAAUUAUGCCAAAAAAAUCCAAAUGUUUGUAAAUGUUUCUCCUUUCAUGUGCUGCAUUUAGUCAUUGUAACUUAAGUUGACAGAUGUUUAUCUGAUCUGCUGUUCUGGAUUUCCAUUUGUUAAAUUCUCAAGUGGAAUUGUUGACUGGGCAAUUGCCUUAGUGCUCCAAAUUAAUUCACUGUAUAAAAUCUAUUCUGUAUGUUUGACAAAUGUGCUAAUUUGCAAAUGUGAAUUGCAUAUCUAUGUAUAGAUCAAUGAGAAACAUGAAUGGCUAAAUAUGUAAUC